UUAUUAUUAAAAAUAGGUUUCUGGAAAAAUACUGAAGUGGCUAUCAAGAAAAUUAAACCAAGGGGUUCUGAUUAUGACGAGAGCUAUGCAUUGCAAUUAGAGCAAUCAUUUCGAGAGAUCAAAAUUUUGAACUCAUCACCACAUGAAAACAUAUUACCAUUGUAUGCAUACAGUAUAGGAGGUGAAGCACCAUGUUUAGUAUACCAGUAUAUGAAAAACGGUUCAUUAGAGGAUCGGUUACAUUUAAAACAUGGAUCUAAUCCACUUAACUGGAUCCAAAGGCUAGAAAUUGCAAAAGGAAUAGCCCGAGGAUUACAGUAUCUGCAUACGAUACGUGAUAAACCUCUAAUUCAUGGAGACAUCAAGAGUGCAAAUAUUUUAUUGGACAAAAAUUUUGAACCAAAAAUUGGCGAUUUUGGAUUAGCACGGGAAGGUUCACCAGAUGACUCUCUUAAAGUGAGCAAAAUUCAAGGUACUCGGCCAUAUCUACCUGAAGAAUACAUAUUUAAAGGGACUUUAUCAACUAAAAUCGAUACAUACAGUUAUGGCAUUGUUUUGUUUGAAUUGGCUACUGGUCUGUCUGCUUAUGACAAAUCGAGGCCGACAAACAAAAAAUUGAAAGAGUAUGUGGACAGCUUUCAGGAUAAAGAUUUGCAUUUAUUCAUGGAUAAAAAAGCAGGUGAUAAAUAUUAUGCUGCUAACACUUUUAUGUUCGAUCAUGAAGAUGAAAAGUUCUACUCAUUGUCAGAGAAAGAUAAUGUUUUAUCAAAAAUACAAAGUGUUAUUUUGGAAGAGCAAGCUAUAAAUAUGUCAAAGAAAUACAUUAAAGAUAAAUACAAAUCUCUUAGAGAUAAUUUUGUAAAGACCGAUAAGUUGGUUGAAGCCAAAAAGGAUGUUACAUAUUUACAAAAACUAAACCUAAAUCUACGUAUGAAGUCAAGAGGAAUAUUCAAUCUUCUGAGACUUGUUCAAAAGCUUUUAUUAAAGAACUUAAAGCAUAUCGUAUAA